CGCGUAUUGGGAGAAUUCAGUACUGCAUGUUGCAGUAAAUGUCAUCACCUAUUCUUUACCUAAACAACUUCCCAUUUACCAUCGACUCUGAAACUGAACCCUUCAGCAAAAAACAAAGACUUUUCAAAGAUUCAAUUCUUUAAUAUAGAAGAAUUUAUAUCUUACAUUCUUCUCAAUAUUCGAGUUCCAUCUUACAUUACUUUCAAUUUCUAUCUCCUUUGAUUUCAUUAUUAGUGCUUUAAGGUAAAAUACUGCGGGUUAUAGGUUAAUCACUAAAUAAAUUAUUAUGAAGAGUUUUGUCGUUAUUUACAGUGAUACACAAUGCAAAUACAAAGGUAAGAAAAGCAAGAAAACCCCUCAUUAAAACCCAUAACAGUGGAUUUUUAUGUUUAUUGAUUUCUUCAUAACUGUCUAAUGUUUAUCAUCAAUGAUUUGUACGUUGCGAUGCACUUUUGUCCCACUAAAAACACAAGUUAUAUGUGGUUGCCAGAGUAACCAAAAGUAAAUAAAUAAAAGGGUGUGUAAACAGUCAAUACUGUCGUCAAUUGCAACAUUAUACAUUGGAUCAAUACUCAUAUAAGCAUAUAUAUCCGAAUCACGUUAGUGAAAUUUUGUUCUGAUCAAAUUUUUAUUGCUUUCUCUUAGGAAGAGGAAGGAGUGUUGAUUGAAAGAAUACUCAUCAGUACUUUAUACACGAAGUCAAAAUGAUGAGGAAACCUCUGCCUAAUCACAGUAAUACUAGUGCUAUACAUGCACGGUCUCCUAGAAAUAGUUACAAGCUUGACGAAUUGAGUAUGCCUCAACUCGCUGGUGAAGAGGAAUCACAUAUAGGGAGCUACAGUUGGGAAAAUCAGGAUGCGUCGUCCGAACAGUUUGAGCUUCCUGAAGAUGAUUCUUUUUCCUUUACAAAUUCUAUUUAUGAUGUGAAUCCUACUAUGUUAAAUAGCUCAACUGCACCUCCUGUUCCUCCUGUACAUCGCAUUGGGGUUGAUCAGGAUCGUCCGUCUAAUUUGUAUUCCCGUCCCAAUGAAACGUUUAUUGAACGCAGCGACUCAGAAACCUUAAGCGCUGGAUCUUUUGCGGAUAAAAAGGAAGAAUUUAUGAACGAGUAUGAAUCUGACUAUGCUAUGUCAGAGGAUAAUUAUAGUGGACUUGAUUCCGCAUCCGUUAUGAAUAAAUCAUUUUAUCAAGAAAUGCAAGAAGUUCCCAUAAUGCACGAUAGCUUGGUUGUUGAAUGUCCCUGCCCUUCUGACUUGAAGCAUAUGCUUGGUUCUAUAGUUCAAACCAACCCCGAAGAGUCAAGCUCCAUCCGAUAUACUGCAGUGACUUCCAAUCCCGAAGAUAUGAUGGCAAAUGAGCUAAAAGUUAGAACAAUUCUGUUUGACCGCGAUAUCCAAGCUGCCAUUUGUAUGACUGUAGGGCAGGAGGAUCUUGCUUCUUUUGCAUUAACACUAUCUAGUGUUAUGGAAAAUGUGAAGUAUUUAACUAAGCGUAACAAAUCGAGAGUUUGGGGUGUUGAAGGCUGGAAAAGAGUUUUGACCUGUAUAGUGCUUGAUGGCCGGAAUUCGGUACACAGAAGCAUUUUGGAUUUAUUAUCCACUAUCGGUGCAUACCAAGCUAGUAUUUCCAAAGGUAGGAUUAACGGUAAAAAGGUUCUAGCUCAUAUGUAUGAAUUCACCAGUACUAUUUCUGUGGACGAAAAACUGAAUAUUACGACUCGAAAUGAUGGAAAUACACCUAUGCAAUUGCUUGUUUGCUUAAAGGAAAAUGAGAGCGGGACUCACGAUUCUCAAAGGUGGUUUUUACAAGGUAUCUGUUCACUUGUUCGACCGAAUAUUUGCUUGUUCGCAAAGGUUGGCUCUAAAUUAGAAACACAAUCGGUAUACCAUGCUUGGAAAAGUUUCGACGUUAAUUCUAAACUUGGAGGAAUAUGCGGCAGAACAGUAAUCAAAACCGGAAAAUGGGGACAGAAGCUUCUUUCUCCUAUUAUCGCUGCUCAACAUUUUGAUCAAAUGAUAUAUAAUAAUCUUAGGCUUCCAUACGAUAGUUUUCUUGGCUAUAUUUCUAAUACGUCUAACGCCUUUUAUGGUUUUCGCUAUAUAGCCUUGCUAGAUGAUUUUCCUGAUCCUGGUCCACUGACCCAAUAUUUUACUCGGAAGAACACGGAAGGAAAGAAACAGGGUAUCUUAGAAGCUAAUGCAUACGUUGCCCAAGAACAGCUCUUGUUUUGGAAAGUCGUCACUAAAAAGCAAUCAAGAUGGUAUCUGAAUUAUGUUCCUGAAGCUCAAGCGGAAGUGAAAGCUCCUGGGUCUAUGGUUAAAGCUUUAGAGGCAAAGAGAAGUGAUAUCAACAGUAGUUUCAGUCUUGCUAUAUAUGUUCUUUCAGACUUCUUUUCUCUGUGGAAAACUAGACAUAGUUUUCUUCGGUUCCUAAUGAUGGCUAUGCAAGUUUUUAUCUUUGGACUAGAGAGACUGUUUGGGUUUUUUAACUUGGCAAACUUCUUUCUUUCUUUUCACUUUAUAUGCAAUAGCACUUCAUUCAAGUAUUUCAACCCUUAUGGACCAUGGGGUAAAACAUUGUUUCUAAUUUUUGAAUAUAUAUUUCUGUGUACUAUAUUUUCACAGUUUGUUUUAGCAAUGGGCAACCGUUCCCGAGGCUCUAAAAAGCUCACCCUGCUUAGCCUGGUGAUAUUUACUUCAGUCAUGAUUUAUUUCUUGUUUUGCAUAUUUUACGUUUCUCUAAUUCCCAUCUUCAUACAUUCCUCUCAUGGAUAUAAUAUCAUAGGCAACAAUUAUUUUACGAACGUGAUGUUGCCUUGCUUGAUCGUUCUAGCAUGCUACAUUUUCGUUUCGCUAAUUUCAAUUGAUCCACUCUUUCUUUUUACAUGCCUAUGGCAAUAUGUCCUGUUAUUGCCAAGUCGCAUCUACAUGGAGCAAGUCUAUGCAUUGUGCCAUCUCAAUGAUGCUUCGACUCUUAAUGAUAUCGAUGUCGAAACAAGCAAUGACUUAACCGAAACAUAUCGAAGCGGAAAGAAAAGUAACUUUGCUACGAUAGCUAUACCCAAAUCAGAAAUGUUGAAUUCUAUUUACAAUUCAACAUUUCGAAGCUUCAGUGACGAUGAUGAUUGUAAGAGCGAUGCAACUGUAAGCAGGAUGCAUGCUAACCCCAUUUUAUUAACCACCCAAGACUAUUAUCAGGAUAUGCGAACUCGAUAUGUCUUGGUUUGGGCUUUAAGCAAUCUGAUUCUGGCAAUCAUUUUACUUCAAGUCUUCCAGGGUGAAGAUUCGAUAAAUAACGGCUACUUAAAAUUUGUAUUUUGGGCCUUCAUGAUAUUUGCUUGUCUUAAAACUGUCGGUUCUACAUGCUUCUCUGCAAUCACUAGCAUUGCUUCCGUGGGUACAUAUAUUCAACGAACUAUCUGAUUGAUGACAGGCAUGGGAAACUGUACAUAUACAUAUUCUUGUAUUUAUUUUUAUGUUUAAUGAUA